AAAAGUUCAAGGAAACCAGUGAAGCAACAUGAACAAACAGAACAAGAAGGAAAUGCUUUGUCCAAGGAUAUGGAAAAGGAACGAAAUUCUCUCGCUGCUCAAGUUACUUGAAGCAAAAUCUUACCGUAAAGAUAAACACGUGCUAAAUGAAAAACCCCUGUUCUGGAAAACCAUCUCCGCCACGCUGAAGGCCGAAGGUAUCGACGCGUCCCCCGAACAUUGCCAAAGGAAGUGGCUCCUGCUGUACAAGGCAUACACCGCAAACCCGACACAGCAGAGCACUUUCUUCGAGAUAAUUGACCAAAUACUCAAUGUGCAACGAAAUGAUACGGCUUCUGAAGAGGACGAUGAAGAGCAAACGAUUUCCAUCGACGAUAUGGAAUGCGUAGCAUCUCCCGGGAAUACUGCGGAAAAAUAUGAAACAAUCGAGGUGGUUGCCGAAUCAGCGCCUGUACAUAGCGAAUCAGCAGAAACAGGAGGAGAAUCAAAGCUGAAGAAUUCCAUGGAUGGUCUGCAAGCUCUAUGCAGGAAAAUUGAAAUACUUACAGAGUUGCAGCGCCAACAAGGCGAACAAAUAAGAGAAAUAUUAAGUAUGCAAGCAGGCGCCCUCGAACUUUUAUUGGCAAUAAAGAAUCGUCUGCAUUGA